AUGGAGACGCCGCAAAAAACUGUAACUCAGAAUGAGACUCCUGUUUCUAAACUCAAAGUCAAGAACUCUCCAGUGUUCAACUACAUAAACAGUCUGUCUCCAAUAAAACCUGUCAAAUCAAUCCCAAUCGUUCACACAUUUGGCUCUCUCAGCCCUGUCUUCACUUCCCCUCACACACCUUCUCACAAAGGUUCUCGUUUCAAAAGUCAUAAUACUAACUCCUCUGGUCCUUCCAAAGAGUUAGUAGAAGAAGUUUUACUUGAAACCAUACCUCAACAAAUACUCAAGGAUGAUGACUGUAUUUCUACUCCUCCUCGUAGAGCUCCUACCAAUGAUUGUUCUUGUGGAGAUGGUAAGACCGAUCUGCAGAAGAUGUGUGAUGACAAUGUUAAGCGGAAAAGUGAUACUCCAGAUUGGGAAACUCUGUUUCCGGAUACUCCUGAAAUGUUGACUUAUGACUCACUUAAUGAUUCAGAGGCUGAUAGAUGCUUCUUGCCAGCAUCAUCAGACUCCAAAAUACAUUCAUGUGGUGGUGCAAAGCCUACGUUGGAGCCCAUUUCGAACAGCAAAGAGUCGCCAGCUGCUCUUCACCGUGGAGUUACAAGACGCCUUCUAGACUUUGAGAUGCCUUACAAGCAAACGUCAGAAAAAUCUUCAUCGCGAUUUGUAGUGCCUAACACUGGUCUGCAUCUUGACAACAUUGUAAUGUCAUCCGGAAUUAAAGCAGUGGAAAAUGAAACCGAGGAAGCUGCAGGACAAAGUGUAGCGGAAGAGGUUCCAAAGUCUUCUUUAGCUUUAGUGGUAAUGAAUCAAAAUUGUCCAAAAAAGAAAAGACUUAAGUCUGAACAAGCAGGGGAAGGAGAGUCAUCAUGUAAACGGUGCCACUGCAAAAAGUCUAAAUGUUUGAAACUUUACUGUGAAUGCUUUGCUGCUGGAGUUUAUUGCAUGGAUUCAUGUUCAUGUGUAGAUUGCUUCAACAAACCAAUCCAUGAAGACACUGUCUUAGCGACUCGCAAAAAGAUUGAAUCCCGAAACCCACUUGCUUUUGCUCCUAAAGUCAUUAGAAAUACUGAUUCUUCUUCCAUCAUGGAAGUUGGUGGUGAGGCAAGCAAAACUCCAGCUUCAGCGCGACAUAAAAGAGGUUGCAACUGCAGGAAAUCAAACUGUCUGAAGAAAUAUUGUGACUGCUAUCAGAGCGGAGUUGGUUGUUCCAUAAACUGUAGAUGUGAAGGAUGUAAGAAUGCAUUUGGCAGAAAAGAUGGGUCUUCAUUUGUAGGCAUGGAUAUCAAACAAGAUGAUCAAAGCAAAACAGCGAGAACACAACAGAAGGCCGAGUUGUUUAGUUCUGUUCCAUUUCCAACUUCAACACCAAUGUCAUUAAGACAACCAUUGGCUCAACUUCCCAUCUCAUCAAACAACAGGCUGCUUUCUCAACAGUCUCGGGAUCUUCAUGGAGCUUCUGGAUCUACCUUAUACGAGAGCCAAUCUUUCAGAAAACAAGGCAUGAGUUUGUUGUCUCAUUCAAGGACUGAGACAACCACAGAGGAAAGAGCAGAGGAUAUUGAGAAUGUAAUCCCAUCUCAAGUAACUAAUAUCAAUGCAAUGUCUCCCAACAGCAAAAGUGUCGACUACAUGGAGAAGAAAAGGUGGAAGGAAGCUGUUACUGACCAUUCCAACUUGCCCUUCUCUCACUCCACAGCACAACAUAUUCUUUGA